CGUAACUUUCCUGUUGCUUAUUCCGACCGGACACUUGCAAGGUGUUGCAUGUGUUUCAUUUCGAGGGUUCACAACUGUAAAUGUAUGUAAAGAAAGCUUUACAAUUUCAAGUCUAAAGCAUGAGCACACUAUGGAUGGGAAACUUAGAGCCCUACAUGGAUGAGAAGUUCAUAACCCGAGCCUUCGGCACCAUGGGGGAGUUGGUGGUGAGUGUGCGGAUUAUACGCAACAAGAUGACUGGUAGUGGUGCAGCAGGUUACUGCUUCGUGGAGCUGACCGAUGAAGCCACAGCUGAGAGGUGUCUUCGUAAAGUCAAUGGAAAAGCACUACCAGGAGCCACACCACCUAGAAGAUUCAAGUUAAACCGGGCCACCUUUGGGAAGCAAGGAGAAAGCGGUCCACUCUACUCUCUGUUCGUUGGAGAUCUCACACCUGAAGUGGAUGACGGGAUGCUGUACGAGUUCUUCUACAACCGCUAUCCAUCCUGUCGCGGGGGGAAGGUGGUGCUGGACGGCACGGGAAACUCCAAGGGUUGUGGGUUCGUCCAGUUCCCAGACCAGAGGCUUCAGAAGCUGGCGCUGGAGGAGUGUCAGGGAGCGGUGGGGCUCGGGAGCAAGGCACUACGACUGAGCCUAGCUGCUAACAAAACGCGUCAUAAUCAAUCAGACAACAGGGGGUGGGGGUCACAUGGAGGAGGCUACAGACACAACCAUAAUCAAUACAAUCAACAGCCGUACGGUGGUGGAUGGGGCUCAUGGGGCUACGACCAGAAUGGAGGCAACUAUGACGGCUACAACUAUAACCAGUAUGAUUACACUCAGAAUCCUGUACAGGAAAAUGAAGCUGAUGAAGAUGAUGGUCUGGAAGAUCCUAACCCAGAGCUGGAUGUGGUGGAAGCCAACAGGAAGUUUAUGGAACACAGCGAGGAACUGUAUGAUGCCCUUAUCGAGUGCCACUGGCAACCCUUGGAAUCCUCGGAACAGGCCUUUGGAACCACGAGUAGCCUUCCAGAACCUGUCUACUGUUGAGGCAUAAAAUGAAAUGGCAAUAUCCUCUUUUGCCAUGUUAUUUGGCCUUUCAUAUUAUAUUCUGUAGAUGUUUGAGAAUUUAAUAGCUAAAGACAUAUCCCCAGUCCUUGACCAUAACUGCCAUUUGCUUACAGACAUUAUUUUUGUGUCAAUUGACAAAAAUGAUUUAUUUUGUGCAUCUAUUAAUGUACAUCUUUAUUUUUUAAAAACAGUGGACACCUGGCCCAUCCUGUACCUAAGAAUAGCUUCCUGUUUUCAUUUCUUAUGCUUUGCUAAACCGCAAAGAUGAUGUUUGUAUCCCAAAUGACACACUAUUCCCUAUUUAGUGCAGCACUGCUUUUGGCCAGGGCCCACAAUGGACUCUAGGGAAUAGUGUGUCAUUUGGGAUACGUGCUUCUCAAUUGAGGAGCAAGUGAUUGUGUGAUCUGCGGUGUUACACUCUGCCUCCUGUCUGUGUUUGUAAAGUUAGAAUAAAUGUAUCAUGUUGCCAGGUAGAAAUGUCUUAUAGAAUGUCCCAACCAAAAAUGACGGGAGUUGUUUCCAGUCUCAUAGAGUUUAGCAAAGUAUAACAUUGUGGAAAGCUGCAGAUAGAAAUUCCAUGAAUAGAGCCGACGUGAUUCCUUCUACAUGUCACAGUGGCAUGUUUCUUCUCUUUUUCUAUCUGAACGUUCGAAAACAUUGUGUACUGCUGAAUGCGCCCCGGUCUCUACUGAGCAAAGUGAGAGGGCUCAGCAUGGCCGGUUCCAUCAGCAGAAAACCACAUGACAGUCACAAGGUUUCCCAGUGACUGAAGGGGAGGCAUGGGCUGCCAUAGCCAGAGGGACCUCCAUUGAAUGAAUCCCACGGUGGACAGGAUUUGAGAGAUUCUUUUGCAUGACUAGGCCUACUCUGUUGAGUUUGUGUGAGUUUUUAGUUUCUGAAUUCCUUUUUGUAAUCCUCUUCUGCUCCCGAGUGAAAGUUGGGAACAGUUGUGAAAGACCUCUUCCUCCUUUUAUUUUACUUUUAUCUAUGUAAAAUAUUGUUUUUAACAAUAAAAUUACAAAACCUUUUUUUUAA